CGAAGUGUGCUUUUUCCGACUUGGAUUUAAUAUUGCAUUCUUUUUCGUUGAUUUUUCGAUACAACGCUCGGACCAUCAAAAUGUUGUCAGCUGAUAGUGAUUUGUUAACAAAGACACAAAUUAAACAAAUGUCUAGAGAUGAGCUGGUUCUCUUGGUUCUGGACUGGCUAAAAAGGUUUAGAGACAGAGCUGGAGCAUUGAUCAAGGAGAGCACAAGUCAGCAGGAUUUGGAAAAUGCUAAUAAGCAAAUCGGGCUUUUACAGGAGAAAAUCGAUUCGAUCACCAAAGACCUAAACUGGUCUUUCAAGCAGAUCAAAUACCUGGAAACAGAGCAAAUCCCAAAGUUAAAACAAGAGAUAGAGCAACGUGGCUCACACAGGAAUCAGUUGAUGUCAGACAUAAAGCAAUACAAAAAUAAAGUUAAACAACUUCAAGCCACUUUAAAAAAGGUCAUCAGAGACUCAAAACAGCAGACUGACAAGUUAUUGGCAGAAAAAAAGCAUGUGAUGUCUCAAAUCCCAGCAUGCAAAAUGAAGAUUGAAAAGUAUCAAAAUGAAGUGAAGAAACUUGAGAUUGAGGUGUCAAGGAAAAGUAACGAAAUCGGCAUGAAGAAUACUGACAUUUUCAAUGAAAAAGAGAAGUCCAGACUUCUUGAGAGCAAGAUCAGAUCUCUGGAAAUGCAGCUGAAAGAGGCAGAGAAGGAAAGAAAAUCUAUUGAGAAGAAACUUAAAAAAACUCCAAUGGAGGAAGCCAUAGAUAGAACUAAGCUAGAGUUUAAAGCAAGGAUCGAUCUAACUUCCGGUGUAUUAGCAGAGGAGAAAGAGCGAAACAAGGGAUUAGUAAACCGUCUGUUGAAAAAAGAACGGCAGAGACCUGAGGAAAGAAAAUCAAUCCUUAAAUGGUCAAAUAAAGGUACUAAUCAAAAGCAGGGAAAAGGACCAAGAACACAUCAAAGAAGUCACCAAGCAAGUAUCGAAACUGAGAGAACUGUACCACAAUGAGAGGAUGAAACACGAGAAUUUUAAGGAAUCCAUGAAGAGGAAAGCGGCUAAGGUAGA